CUCUGUUUCUCCUUUUCUUCAAAAUCAGCUUUCUCCAUUUCUCUCAACCUUUUUUUGCCGCCUCUUUAAAGCCCUUAUUCACAUGCAGCUCCAAAUGCUUUCCAACCCUCGGUUCCUUGUUAACCCGAAUCGGAACUCUUCUCUCCCUUCUUUCUCUUCUCCUUUCUUUUCUCCUUCCAACAAUCUCACCAACUUCUCUUCAAUUUUUCGUUCGCCUCCCAAUCUACUCUCAGCUUCUCUACAAUCCAAAGUCCUCACCUCCGCAAGGAUGUCUUCCAAGUCUGCACUUUCCAAUAAUGCUCAAUCUGUUGAGUUAGGGCUCGACGAUUGUCAGCUCGAUCGCUUCGCAGCUGUUGCUAACCAGCUGGCCGACGCCGCCGGCCAAGUUAUCCGCCAGUACUUCCGAAAGAGCUUCGAAAUCCUCGAUAAAGAGGAUUUAAGUCCUGUUACAAUUGCUGAUCAAGCAGCUGAAGAGGCAAUGGUCAGGAUUAUACAAGAGAACUUUCCUUUCCAUGCAAUUUAUGGAGAAGAGAAGGGUUGGAGGUGUAAGGAGAAAGUUGCGGACUAUGUUUGGGUAUUGGAUCCAAUUGAUGGAACAAAGAGCUUCAUCACAGGAAAACCAUUAUUUGGGACUCUUAUUGCUCUAUUAUACCAAGGAAAACCGGUUCUUGGCAUAAUUGAUCAGCCUAUUUUGAGAGAGAGAUGGGUUGGAUUAAAUGGGAGGAAAACUACUUUAAAUGGACAAGAUAUUUCUACACGUGGCUGUGCAAAACUCUCACAAGCUUAUCUGUACACAACCAGCCCACAUCUAUUCAAUGGAGAUGCUGAGGUGGCUUUUGCUCGAGUCAGGGAUAAGGUGAAAGUUCCUUUAUAUGGUUGCGACUGUUAUGCCUAUGCCCUAUUAGCCACUGGUUUUGUUGAUCUCGUGAUCGAAUCUGGCCUAAAGCCUUAUGAUUUUCUUUCACUCAUCCCGGUGAUAGAGGGUGCCGGUGGAAUUCUAACUGAUUGGAAAGGACGUGAACUUGACUGGAAGGCAUCUGCUGAUUCUCAUGCAGGAAGUAUGAUUUGAUAGACAUCUGAUUUAUGAUUUUUGUUG